AGGCCCCGCCCAGGCCGUCACGCGCUGGCCUCUGGCUCCCGCCUGUUGCUGAUGCUGCGGCGGGGUUUUCAUCAUGGAGCUUCCGCGGCGUAUGUGUCUUGUCCGACUGUGGCUGCUGCUCCUGUCGUUCUUUCUGGGCUUCAGCGCGGGAUCUGUCAUCGACUGGCGGGCACAGGAAGGCAAGGAAGUAUGGGAUUAUGUGACUGUCCGAAAGGAUGCCCACAUGUUCUGGUGGCUCUAUUAUGCCACCAACCCUUGCAAGAACUUUUCAGAACUGCCCCUGGUCAUGUGGCUUCAGGGUGGUCCAGGUGGUUCUAGCACUGGAUUUGGGAACUUUGAGGAAAUUGGUCCUCUUGACACCCAGCUCAAGCCACGAAACACUACCUGGCUGCAGUGGGCCAGUCUCCUGUUUGUGGAUAAUCCUGUGGGUACCGGCUUCAGCUACGUGAACACAACAGAUGCCUACGCAAAGGACCUGGACAUGGUAGCUUCUGACAUGAUGGUUCUCCUGAAAUCCUUCUUUGAUUGCCAUAAAGAAUUCCAGACGGUUCCAUUCUACAUUUUCUCAGAAUCCUACGGAGGAAAGAUGGCUGCUGGCAUCAGUUUAGAACUUUACAAGGCUAUUAAGCAAGGGACCAUCAAGUGCAACUUUUCUGGAGUUGCGUUGGGUGACUCCUGGAUCUCCCCUGUGGAUUCAGUGCUGUCCUGGGGGCCUUACCUGUACAGCAUGUCUCUCCUUGAUAAUAAAGGCUUGGCUGAGGUGUCUGACAUUGCAGAGCAAGUCCUUGAUGCUGUAAACAAGGGCUUCUAUAAGGAGGCCACUCAGCUGUGGGGGAAGGCAGAAAUGAUCAUUGAAAAGAACACCGACGGGGUGAACUUCUAUAACAUCUUAACUAAAAGCACCCCCGAGAACGCUAUGGAAUCGAGCCUUGAGUUCCUCCGGAGCCCCUUAGUUCGUCUCUGUCAGCGCCAUGUGAGACACCUACAAGGAGAUGCCUUAAGUCAACUCAUGAAUGGCCCCAUCAAAAAGAAGCUCAAAAUUAUCCCUGAAGAUAUCUCCUGGGGAGCCCAGGCAUCUUACGUCUUCAUAAGCAUGGAAGGGGAUUUCAUGAAGCCUGCCAUCGACAUCGUGGAUAGUUUGCUGUUAGCGGGGGUCAAUGUGACUGUGUACAAUGGACAGCUGGAUCUCAUUGUGGACACCAUGGGUCAGGAGUCCUGGGUUCAGAAGCUGAAGUGGCCACAGCUGUCCAAAUUCAAUCAGCUAAAAUGGAAGGCCCUGUACACCGAUCCUAAGUCUUCAGAAACAUCUGCGUUCGUCAAGUCUUAUGAGAACCUAGCCUUCUACUGGAUCCUGAAGGCGGGUCACAUGGUUCCUUCUGACCAAGGGGAGAUGGCUCUGAAGAUGAUGAGACUGGUGACUGAGCAGGAGUAGCUGAGCUGGCUGGCCCUGGAGUCACUAGAGCAGAGCCCAGGAUGCAGGUGCUAAAUGUCUAUCCCCGGGGCUUUUCUUGGCUGUACCAUGGGAUGUGACUCUGGGAGUACCUGCCAUCUCCUGCACCAAAGGACUGUGGGCUUCCGUGUCUACUUAGAAAUCAGUUCUACUUCGUAAAGAGUAUUUAAUCAAAGUGAAGGAUUGCAAUCGAUUGGCCUCUUAGUACAAAAGCAAUUGAUAACGCAUGUAAAUCACAGCACUUGAGAGGUAGAAACAAGAGGGUCAGAGGUUCAGGGGCAUCCUCAGCUACAUUGCAAGUUCAAAAGCAGCCUGCACCAAAUGAGAAGUCCCAAAAAAAAGUAUUAAAAAAAAAAAAAAAAAAAGCAAGUGACAUAAUUUAUAUAGACAAAAACAGUGAGAGAGACAAAGAAAAGAAAAUACUAAAACCCACUGAGCUACCAACGAGGCGUCUGUGACUACGGGUCUUUUAUUUGCUACAUAUAUAUUUUUACAAAGAUGAAAUGCAUAUUGUAUGUCAUUUUACUGUCUGCCUUGUUCCCAUAUCAACAUGACCUGCACUUCUUUUCCCAUCAAUAAAUAUGCCGUGAUAUUUUUAA